UCAGUAUCAUAAACUUCUUAACCUUUUAAAAUUGUUCAUUGGCAUUCGUUUUAAUAAUUAAUCAGUCGUUAUAAAUUGUAACAUAAUAAAGUUUUCUUUCAUUAAAUAUUAUAAGAAAUAAGCUUAUUGGUGAAUAUAUUGAUAAGCGUUUGUUGGUUUCAAAGUUUUUUUUAGUUAAAAUGGAAAAUUCUAACUCACGCGACAAUGUUCAAGCGUUGAUGUUGCAGGACCAAAAUUUAACUGAAAAAAUAGAAAAGGUUAAAAACAAUUUGAAAAUACUUCGAAAUGAACAAAUAUUGCUAUCAAGUAGUAAUUGGAAAAUGGAGAUCGAUGUUAUGAAUUUACAAUUAGAAAACAAACAUUUAGAAGAUGAAGUAAAUAGAAAAAAUCAGUCAUUUAUUAAUAUGAAUAAAAAUUGCAAACAAUGCAAAGAUCGUAAUAAGAAAGAACUUCAAGAUUUCCGUGGUUUUUUUGAUAAUGAAUCAAGACAUUAUUGCGAUUUAUUAUCAAACGCUAAAAAUGAAUAUGAUUCCGAAAGCUUAAAGACUGAUAUCGAAAAUUACGAAAGACAAAUCGCAUUAUUAAAUAAUGACUACAAAAAAAUCCAAACUGAUAUGGAUAAACUAACACAAAAAUUUGGAUUAAUCGAAUUGGGAACAAAUGAAAAAGCUGAACAAGUUAAUAAGAUUAAAUCAACCAUAAACUUCUUAGAAAACUAUGAAUCAGUUAUAUUAUCUGCUGUAAAAUCAUAUAAGAACAAAAUCCGUGACCUAUCUAAAAAAAUUGAACAAAAAGAACGUGAUAUUCUAUCAGCAGCAGAUAAAAAAAUACUUUAGUACCAUUAAUUAUAGUACUGCAAUUAAGUAUCAUUGAUUUAAUUUAUAAUUAUUUAUAUAAUUUUGAAUAAUUAAUUAUGAUACGAAAACAUUACAUGGCUCAA